CAUCCAUGAUUAUCAUUAUCAUUCGAGUUAAUACAUCAUUCAUCAUCUCUGCACUUAAUAUUAGCUUACAACAAAACUCUUAAUAUAAAUAUUAAAUACAUACCAAUACCACUCAUCAGGAAGUUAAAGCUCUCAUACAAAACACUUAAACUUUACAUAGUUUGAGGUGGCUGCCAUUUUACUGUAAGUAAUCCUAAAGUCUAGUAGUUGUCCAAAAUGUUUUGGUUAGUAAAUAGGCAGACCCAUUUAAUUUUUUUACCUAUAAUGUUUUGGUUUGUUGUGAACAUGGAAAUAAAAUAGAGAAUUAUGAAAGUUUGGUUUGAUUGGUUGCAUGAAAGUAUAAAUAAUUUUGUAUACUAAGUGUAUAAUUAAUUGGUUAAUUGGUUUCAUUGGUUAGCAAUGUUAAAACCAAACCAAACCAAAUAAGCUAAAUUGUUUAACCACACCAAACCAAUUAUCCAAAUUAACCACACCAAAUUAACCGAAUGCUACCGAUUAAUAUGGUUACCACGUUUAAUCAAUAUGUUUGAACACCAUAGUUUAAUGAGUGUUGACGAAUAAUCGAGUAUAAUUAGGUCCAACUUUUCACUUAUACUACAACUAGCAAGGAGUGAUAGAUUUUCGAGCCAACAAAUCAAGCGACAUGUAAAUGAGAGCUAUAGUUCCCAUUUGAAAAAAAAAAUAUAAAACCCCACAAAAAAAGUAAGUCGUGAGAUAUGUUUAAUACUGAAACCGUAUUUUAACUGUGAUCGAACUGUUCCAUAUCUCUGAAACGGUUAGAGAGUGGCAUAAGAUUCAUCAUAAUCUUCUCUCAACAACUAGAGUUAUUGGAACCAACUGAUUUAUGACAAUGUAUCGGAGCUGGUUUGACCAAGUGGUCGUGUGUUCGAAUCUACAUGACCCUCAAUAUUAACAAUUGAUUAAAACACAAAGUAUGGUGAUCGCCUGUACAAACUUCAAGCCCAUGGGUUGACUUUCAUUUGAGGGGACAUGUUAGAAAGUGGUAUAAAAUCCAUCAUAACUUUUGAAAAACCGCCUACCGUCUUGUACAAUGCAGUCAAAAUCGUGCUUUAAAACUUAAAAACUUACGAUUUACGCUUUUAGGUCACCAAAACACUUUCGUUUCCAUAUAAAAACUUAAGUGUAUGAAAUCGGACUAAAUUGCGCUUUAAAGCUUAAAAGUUUACGGUUUUACGCUUCUAGUUCUUCAAAACGCUUUACGUUUUUACGCUUUUAGUUCACUAAAUGAGUAUUCUUUUCAUGAAAUUAAUUAUGAAAAGUAUAUUUUAAAAGUAAAUCACCAACAAUAUGAUACAUUUGAGAUUAAAAGAUACAUAUAAGGUAUUUGGAUGCAUUCUCAACUUCGAUAGAGUAAUCUAAUUCACCUGUUAGGCUUUUCCCAAAUUCAUUAGCAUAGUGGAAAAGUGGCUUAUUGUUAAAAUUUAUGUUUACAAAUUUAUUAUUAAGAUGCUAUAAGUUGUUCUACUUUAGUCAUGAAUCGCAUGUAUUUACUGACUUAUCUAAAUUCUAUGCAUUCAUAUUUUGCAUAGCAUAUGUCCUACUUAAUACAUUUUUAGUUAUUUUUUCAGUAUGCGUCAAAAACUUACGCUUUUACGCUUUGAUUCUACGCUUUACGAUUUUACCCAUUUUCCGCUUCUAGGUAGAAUCUCGCUUUUGACUGCAUUGUUCUUAUACUCUAUUGUAGGGGUGACAUUUCGGUUAUAACCGAUAACCGAUCGGCCGGUUAUCGGUUAAUCGAAAUAUUCACUCUUCCUACCGAAAAUCGCCCGAAAUAGGCUUCGGUUUCUCGGUUAUCUCGGUUAUCGGUUAACCGACCCAUUUUUAAGACCAAAAACCAUGUCGUCGAGCCUCCGAUAACCGACCGAAGUUCGGUUACUUCGGUUACCGGUUAGUCGAUAACCGGUCGGUUAUCGGUUUAACCGGCCGGUUAACCGGUAACCGGUAACCGAACGGCCACCCCUACUCUAUUGACGAUAUUUCGAUCAGUACUCUCAAAUACCUUAACGUUUUACAAACUUUGAGGGGAAAAGUGCAUUUCAAGAACUCCCAAUGGGAAUUUCCUCUUCUUUUUUUUGGUCGAUAGUGUUCAAGUAGCAAGACCGAUGACUUGGUCAUAUUUUCAAACUUUCCUACUUUCUUUCCCUCCUUCUCCCUUUCUUCCUUCUGUUCUUCUUCUUCUUCUUCUCCUUCUCAGUCUUCUCCGUCUUCUACUUCUCUGUACCGUGUAGAAGACACCCACACAUACACACCCACACUUUUACUUUGAACGACCCACCAAAUUAUUCAUCACAACCCAUUUAUUAACCAAACCAAGUAUAUAAUCAAAUGCACCUCUCUCUUCCCCUUUUUUUGCCUUAUAUUACCCAGAACCAACCCACCUGAUAAAAAAACAAACCAAAACUGGCUAGACAAACGACACAAAAAAAAAAAACCCCACACUAAAAUGGACCAAACCCUAGCCUUGAUCCUCCACGGCUGCAACUUAGCCCGGCAGCUGGAAUCCAACCUCGUCCACUUAUCCCAAAACCCCGAACCGCUAGCCAAAUCCUGCGACGAGAUACUCACCGUCUUCCUCACCUGCAAGGACAGGCUGCAGCUUCUCUUCCGACAGAGCAACCCUCCUCCUCUUCCUCCUCAGCCUCCGCAGGCGGUCAAUAAUGUGCUUGACCACCACAGCGGGAUCCAGCAGUGGCUGAGGACCGCCGCCAUGGAGAGGCUCCACGCGCAGGUUCUCGAGAAUAUGGCUGCUUGCACUGGCAGCAGCGGCGCUUCGGCGGCGGCGGCCGGUACGGUGGCGGAUGGGUCGGAUUCGGCGGCGGUGCGGGCGGUGGCAGCGUCUUCGUCGUCCGGAUCUCAGCAACGGAGGAGAAGGAGGGACGAAAUAGAGAGACGAACGAUAAGGGUACCGGUUCCUCGAAUUGGGAACACAGAAGUCCCACCGGAGGAUGGUUUCACUUGGAGAAAAUAUGGCCAAAAGGAGAUUCUCGGCUCUAGAUUUCCACGGGGUUACUUUAGAUGCACGCAUCAGAAGCUGUACCACUGCCCAGCCAAGAAACAAGUCCAGCGGCUGGACAACGACCCGGACACCUACGAGGUUACCUACAGAGGCCAGCACACCUGUCACAUGUCCGCCACCGCGCCCUCCGUCGCUCCCCCGCCGCCAGACGCCCAGCUCACCGCCGCCACCACGUCAGCCCUUCACCAGGCAAUCUCCGCGGCCACCGCCCAGCAGCAGCAGCAGCAACAACAACUCAUCGCCAACUCCUCUUCGUCAAUGGGCAGAUGGGCGAUGGAGUUCAGGCUCGGCGGCGGCGGCGGCGGCGGAGGAGGAGGAGGAGGGAGAGAUCAUAUUCAUCAGGCGGAGUUCCCGGUGACGGAUAUGGCGGCGGCGAUGUUUAGUUCGGGGAGCAGUAGUACGAACAGCAUGGAUCUGAUCUUUAACGCCGCCGUGGAUGUUCUUCCGCCGGCUGCCGGCGGUCUCGAUCACGAUCAUGAUCAAUACGACGACGUUAAGCAAUUAGCAGGUGAUCGUGGGAAGGGCAAGUUGGUUUGAGUAAUUUACUAAUGAUCAUAAAUAUUUAAUUAACUUGCAAUGUAAUUUAAUUUCCUUGGUUCUGUAUUAAAUUUUAAAUCUCUAACGUGGACAUGCACGCACAGCGCGGAUCUAGAAGGCAAUUGAAUAGGCUGUCUGUUUAAUUAAUUAGUUGGUGAAGAAGUUGAUUAAUUAAUUAGUCCUACUUUCUCGAUAAUUUGUUGUAUAAUUCAUCACAAAAUUCAUUAUUGUUUCGUCUUUAUCUUCUUUUUUUUUAUUAAAAAAGAUUGGAAUUGACAAUAAGCUUUAAGGCCUGCCUAUCUGAGUUAGGAUCCUGCGACGAGGGGAUGCUUAGUCACUUGAUUAAGUCCCUCCCAGCCCUUAGAUCUAGAUACAAGACGGUUAAAAAGUGGGAAUGACUAUUUAAUUAAUGACAGGGGUAGUUUGGGUAUUAUGGAAAAUUACGAAGUAUACAAACCGGACUUACAAUCAGUACAAACCAUGCAAACAUAUGAACAAUGCAAACUAAGGCGAUAAAACAUACAAACAGAUUUAAAAACAAUACGAAACAUACGAAUUAUACAAACAAUACAAACUAGACCGACAAACAUUAAAAAACAUACUAACCGUACAAAAUUGCACUACUUACAUUACAAAACAGUAACUUGUAUUACAAAUCAAUGAAUACAAAGUAUACAAAUCACAAACAUAAAGUAUACAAACUAGACAAACAAACAUAACAAAACAGACGAUGUCGUCAGAAAAUUCGCCGAUGACGAAACUCUCUCUCCCCCCCCCCCCCCCGGCCCCCCGCGGGGUGAAACUCCAUGAAGGAAGGGGAAUAUAUAUUUCCCAGACCAAAUGGUCCGGCGCGGGGUGAAACUCCAUGAUGGAAGGGGAAUAUAUAUUUCCUAGGCCAAAUGGUCCGGCGCGGGGUGAAACUCCAUGAUGGAAGGGGAAUAUAUAUUUCCUAGGCCAAAUGGUCCGGCGCGGGGUGAAACUCCAUUAUGGAAGGGGAAUAUAUAUUUCCCAGGCCAAAUGGUCCGACGCCUGGUAUAGUUGGAAAAAGGAGACGCUAGGAAAAUAUCCGGCCAGAAGAGACGUCGCAAAAAAUCCGCUGCCUGGUAUCGCUGGAAAAAUAGACGUCGGGAUAAAGUUUUUUGAUUAAUUAAUAAUUGAAAAUUAAUAAAACCAUGUAAUUACUACAUUGUCCUUCCUUAGUUUUGAUUAAUUUCAGCCCUGAGAUUUUAAUGAGGUUGAGUGGCUGAGAUUUUCCAGGCCAAAUGGUCUGACGCCUGGUACAGCCGGAAAAAGGAGAUGCCGGGAAAAUAUCCGGCCGGAAGAGACGCCGCAAAAAAGUUUUUUUAUUAAUUAAUAAUUGAAAAUUAAUAAAACCAUGUAACUACU